AUGCUUCAAUCACGUGGUAUUUCUGAUUUACUUGCUGCUGAAAAAAAAGCUCAAGAACUUAUUGAAGAAGCUCGAAAACGUAAAAAUAAACGUAUAAAAGAUGCUCAAAAUCAAGCUAAAUCUGAAAUAGAAGAAUUUAAAGGUGAACGUGAUCAACGUUAUAAAAGUUUAGAACAACAACAAUUGGGUAAUCGAGCACAAAUGACUGAAGAAUCAAAUAAACAAACUCAAAUACAUAUAGCAUCAUUAAAAACUCAAUAUGAAACAAAUAAAGAUGCUUUACUUGAACGUAUAAUAACACUUGUCUGUGAUAUUAAACCUGAAUCACAUAUCAAUGCUCGUAUUGAAUGA